GUAACUAAUGGAAAUGUCACAUUAGAAAAUUAUCAUGCCGACGUGGGUGGCUACCACCCGCCCCUUCGUGAUUCUAAACAAGAUCCCACUCUUUCACCAAAGUUUUCGAUGUCUGAAUCUAAAGCUGUAACCGUAGAGUUUAAAAGACUUCUCCAACCUCCAGGAAGAAAACCAAUUACAAAUAAUGAUAUGAAAU